AUGGCCAACCGACCAUAUCUAGAUCGUUACAGGGCCACGACUGACCCCCUCGAAACCAAAUCCCCAAUCACAACUACCCAACCAGAAGAUACCACAUCCCAAACACCCUGGUACAACCCACGAGGCUGGUCCCUAUGCACGAAACUCAUCGUCAGCGCAACAGCCAUAGUAAUCAUACUAGCUGCAAUCCUGAUCCCGGUCGAAAUAAUCCAAAACAAAUACCCAAACUACACACCCAUCAACUACACCCUCGCAGACACAUACUCCGGCCGAAACUUCUUUGACCAAUUCACCUAUUUCACAGACGAAGAUCCAACAAAGGGUUUCGUCGUCUACGUCAACAAAUCAACAGCAAGACAUCUAAACCUCACUUAUGCAACUGAAACAUCGGCAAUCCUGCGCGUCGAUGCAUCAACACCAAACGCCCGUUCCGGUCGGAACUCUGUCCGCAUCGAGUCGAGAAAUACAUAUGACUCAGGUCUUUUCAUCUUCGAUAUUAUUCAUACGCCCUUUGGUUGCGCCACAUGGCCUGCUUUGUGGUUAACGGAUGGUUACAACUGGCCGAUGAAUGGGGAGAUCGAUGUGCUGGAAACUACCAAUCUUGGAAGUCAUGGGAAUGAAAUCACCCUUCAUACUACCAAGGGGUGUAAAAUGGAUGUCAAGCGGAAACAGACUGGUCAGGCGAUUUUUAAGAAUUGUGAUAAUGUCACGAAUGGGAAUUCCGGGUGUGGUGUUAUUGGCGAUGAAUAUACUUAUGGUGAAGCGAUGAAUAAUCGUGGUGGAGGUGUUUAUGCCCUUGAAUUACGGGAUGCUGGGAUUCGAGCUUGGUUCUUCCCGACUGGAACUGUUCCUACUGAUAUCACGGUGGGAAUGCCCGAUCCGAGUAGUUGGGGGAUUGCGUUGGCGGAUUUCCCAAGUACGAAUUGUGAUAUUGCGGCGCAUUUCAAGAAUCUGAGUAUCAUUGUUAAUAUUGAUCUCUGUGGUGAGCUUGCUGCCCAAAAACAGUUUUAUGAUACUUUGUAUCAUUGUCCGGCGACUUGUUCGGACUUUGUUGCGAGCAGUCCUGGUAGUUUUGUUGAUGCUUAUUGGGAGUUCAAGAGUUUCAAGGUAUAUCGUGCUUGA